AUGGCCGACGGCGCCUCUUCCGCUUCCUCGGCGGCUUCCAGCCCCAGGGGCCGUGCGGACGGAGAAGAUGCGCUUCCCCUGGAGGAAGAAGCGAUGGCGCACAAGACCGGAGACGUCCAGGAGGAUCAGUUCAGCGACCUGGAAUUGCAGGAGGGCCGGGUUCCCGUGAGGAGUGCCGAGGAGGAAGCCCGGGCCCCGUCGGUGGUGGCCGAGGCGGAGGCGCUGGCGGCCGGCUGGAUGCUCGACUUCUUCUGCCUCGCCCUUUGCCGCGCUUUCCGCGACGGCCGCCUGGAGGAUUUCCAUCGCACCCGGGACUGCGCUGAGGCUGUUAUUCAUGGACUCUCCAGUCUAACAGCUUCUCAACUGAAAACUGUAUACAUAUGUCAGUUUUUGACUAGAAUUUCUGCAGGAAAAGCCCUUGAUGCACAGUUUGACGUUGAUGAGCGAAUCACACCCUUGGAAUCAGCCCUGAUGAUUUGGUCUUCAAUUGAAAAGGAACAUGACAAACUCCAUGGCGAAAUUGAGAAUUUAAUUAAAGUCCAGGCUAUAGCUGUUUGCAUGGAAGAUGGCAAUUUUAAAGAAGCAGAAGAAGUCUUUGAAAGAAUAUUUGGUGACCCAAAUUCGUUCACGCCUUUAAAAAGGAAGUUGCUUAAGAUAAUUUCUCAGAAAGAAACCUUCCAUUCCAUUUUUCAAUACUUUAGCUACAACCACAUGAUGGAUAAAGUUAAGAGCUAUGUGGAUUGUGUACUAAGUGAAAAAUCAUCAUCUUUUCUAAUGAAGGCAGCAAUGAAAGUAGUGGAAAGUAAAAAAAUACAAACAACAGAAUCUCCCAGUGAAUCUAAUGGGAAGGAUGUUCAAAUGGACACUGAAGCUAAUUUGAAUACAAUACAAAGCGUUGAUGGCAACCACUGUAUAGCAACUGAAUCCCCCGAGGGUACGGUACACUUAUUAAGGUCUCACAAGGAUCUCUUAGUUAAGUUGAAACAUAAUAACCAACAAGAAAAUUUUAUUAACAAGGGAACUCUUCCAAGAGAAAGACAAAUAAAACAAAUCAGAAAAACCACUGAAACAAGAAAGGUUGUUAAAAAGAGAAAGCCAGAAGUCACUGGGCAAAAUCGGAGGAAAAAACAGGCUUGGAAUUGGGAUGAAGACUACAGUCUGAAAUGUGGUGUGAAGAUGUUUGGAGAAGGAAAUUGGUCUAAAAUACUGUCAAAAUAUAAAUUUAACAACCGGACAAGUGUUAUGUUAAAGGAUCGAUGGAGAACUAUGAAGAAGCUAGAACUGAUAGAAAAUGAAGGCUGAAAGUUGUCCAGAAAAACAUAAUAAAAGGAUAGUUAAAUA